UACAAAGAUUUAUUCAUGUGUUUCUUUAGCGUUAGAAUGGGCGCUGUUGAAGUAGAGCGUUUCUUAGUCGAUCAGAAAUCCAAAUGCGAGGAGCUUUCAAGGAAGGUAGACCUGAUAUUCUUUUCAUUGAUGUCGGAAGCUGCCGGAAUCGGCUUAUCCAGUCUCGUCGAUAAAAAUCGAUGGAAAAAGAAUCACAAUUUUACCGAAAUGAAUAUUACCGUCAACGAGGGCAACGGAACGGAUCUUCGUCGAUGUCCGGCGACCUUUGACGGUCUGCUCUGCUGGUCGCAAACCAAUGCACCAGGAACAGCAAACCUGCCCUGCCCACCUGCCUCGAUUAUGGGAUACACCGACCUGGCGAGUGAACAUUUGAGAGCGUUUGCGGUCGCCAGCAAGGUCUGUCUGCCGAACGGCGAAUGGUACCAGAACUCGGAGGGCAUCUUCUGGAGCAACUACAGUCUGUGUGUGCUGAAUAGAACGCGUUACAUGAUCAAUGGUGUUAAUCCGCGGUGGUACGAAACGGCGGAGUAUUCGCUCCUGAAUAAAUGGUUGCCGAUUAUCAAGACAGUAUCGCAAAUUGGAUAUGGUACUUCGUUUAUUACUCUAAUCGUCGCCAUGAUAGUCUUCUCCUUACUUAGAAAACUCAGGAAUCCCAGAAAUAAACUGCACAUGCACCUAUUUGUGUCCUUUAUCAUGAGAGCUUUCAUGGCACUUCUAAAGGAUUGGAUUUUUAUUGAUGGAAUCGGAAUGGCUUGGAAUGUAGUCUUCGUCAACGGAAAUAGUGCUUUUAUCAACGAACGCAGCAUGUGGAUCUGUAAGGCUAUCACGAGUCUGUGGCAAUAUUUCAUCGUGGCAAAUUACUCAUGGAUCUUGAUGGAGGGGUUGUAUCUACAUAAUUUAGUUUUCAAAGCGCUAUGUACCGACACCAGCACAAUAGCUCUGUAUAUCCUAUUAGGCUGGGGUCUUCCCGUCUUGGUGGUAGUACCAUGGGUCAUAAUACGCGCAAUUAUCGAAGACACUCUCUGCUGGACCACGCAUGAAAACCCUUUACUAUUUCUUGUCAUAAGAAUACCAAUCAUUAUAUCUAUUUUGUUCAAUUUUCUGUUGUUCCUCAAUAUCGUUCGUGUUCUGCUCGUAAAGCUGAAGACGUCAGUGCAUCUGCAACGGAAAAAGAUGAAAUACAAGCGAUGGGCAAAAUCGACUAUGGUUCUUGUACCACUCUUUGGAAUACACUAUACUUUCUUCUUGGGAUUAUCUUACCAUCAAGAUUACCGAGUCGAACUCAUCUGGCUGUUUUGCGACCAGCUAUUUGCGUCUUUUCAGGGUACUUUCGUGGCUUUACUGUAUUGUCUGCUAAACGGCGAAGUCAGAGCAGAAAUGCGACGAGCAUGGAGGGCUCGACGAUCAAAGAAGGAGGUCGACUCAUUCAUAUCUGGGCAUCGAGAAUUAUCAAGAAGUUUGAAGGAUGGAAUCAAUCGAAAACAACAUCGAUCGGAAGGUGAUAAUGGUACCAAUUUCACGAUUACAGUCAUGAAAAAAUUAUCAACAAAAAAUGUCAAGUAGAUUCAAUCAACUAUCUUGAG